CUAUAUUAAGCUGUGCAGUGCUGGUGUCAGUCACCCAUUUUACUUCAUAAUAUUAAUUUGUUUUAAAAGCUGACAUCCGACAUCUAAGCAAACGUGCUUUUGGAAAUGUGUUGAUUUAUAAACAACAAAAUGUCUAUGUUAGCUGAACCACGGCGAAAACAGAAAAUAAUCAAUCUUCGCGCAAAAAAUAAUGCGUGGAGCAAUGAUACAAAUAAGUUUGGCCAACGCAUGUUGGAGAAAAUGGGUUGGAGUGCUGGAAAAGGGUUAGGUGCAAAAGAAAAUGGAAUAGUUGAACAUGUGAUCGCUAAAUACAAGAAUGAUGACAAAGGUCUUGGUUAUGAAGAUAAAAAUGACCAGUGGACCAAGCAUGAGGACGAUUUCAAUGCUUUAUUAGCUAAUUUAUCAAAUGAUAAAGAUGAGACUAAAGAAGUUUUGCAUAGCGGAGUUUCAUUAGAAACUAAGUCAAAGAAAAGUAAAGCACGUAUACACUAUCAUAAAUUCACUCGAGGUAAAGAUUUAUCAAGGUACAGUGAGAAAGACCUAGCCAACAUCUUUGGGAAAAAAAGCUUCAAGGAAGAAACCAUUCAGGAUAUUAGCAAGGAAGAACUGGAAUCAACUGAGAAAGUGUUCACUGAAAAAGGCAGCAUGGAAGAUUAUUUUAAAUCUAAAAUGUCUGCUUUGAAGUCAAAAAAAAUAUUAAGUGAUGUGAACUGUGAUGUAAGCACUGAUUGUCCAGAUUUUGUAUUCCAAGGGUUUUCUAGUACAAAAGAAGAUGGAGCUAGUGUAAUAGAGGAAAAGGAAUCUUUAUUUUAUAACAAUUCUGAUAAAAACAAUGAACAUGUUCAUGAUGAUACAAAAGAAAGAUCAACUAAAAAAAAGAAAAAAACUAAAAGUAAAAAAGAAAUCUCUAGUCAAGAUAACAUCGAGAGGGAGGAUUUUGUUCCUCAAGGAUCCAAUGAUAGACCAGACAAAAUCUUUCCAAGUUGUGACUCCCCAAAUGAAUUGGAGGGUACAGUUUUGUUUAAAAAGAAGAACAAACGGAAAGUUUGUGAUAAUGAAGUUCAAUCUGCAGUAGAUAAAACCGAAAAUGGGGACAACAAAAAACGGUCAAAGAAAAAGGAUAAAAAAGCGGGUUUAUUAGAGGUUUCAGAACAAAUACUAACUGAAAGUAGUGUCAAAGAUAAUCCUGUGACUAAGAAAAAAAAGAAGAAAAAUAAAGAAUUAUAAAAAAUUAUUUUAUCUUUUACAUAGUAUUUCAAUUUCAAUAGCUGAUAUUUUUUUGUAAUAAUUGAGAUUUGACUCAGUUAUGAUAUACUUAAUAGUACAUUAUAUUUUGCCCUUUAAAAUAGUGAUAAUAAUGAGACUAUUAUUUAAAAUGAUGAUUGCGUUAUUACCUAGCCAUUAUAACUCUUAACCUUUUAACCAUUCAGAGUUUUGAAUAAAACGCAAUGUACCUACCGCAUACUGCAUAGCAAUAAGAGUCGUCAGGUCUCUACCAACGCGUCAUAUUUUGAAUAGCCGCCAUCUUGUUUAGGUUAGGCGUCGCCAUUUGCCAUACUGCAUACGAGUCACGGCGGGGGUAUUGCGCUUUAGUACAUUUGAGAUAUUGAAAAGUAAUUGUUAUUUUUCACAAUAUUAUCUGAUGCAAGUGUAAAUUCAAUACCUUAAAUUAUGUUAUUAUUGAGUGUGAAAACUACAUAGUGGUGCGUAAAUAUUGUAAAUUGUCAACCUGACAACGUCGCAAUGUUAUAAUGGCAAUUCUCAUUUCUCAUUAGUGACAUUUCUGUCUGAAAAUAUAAACACGUGUUGUAUUAAGCUCAAAAUAGUGAUUUAUUAUUAUACAAUUUUGCUCGAUAUAUGUUCGAAUAUUGAUAAUAUGAUCAUUAAAAACAUAGUGACACACCGCAGAACGAACUAGCGUUAUCUGGCUUGGACA